CCUAACCCACUGAGCCACCCAGGCGCCCCUUGUUUCUGUUUUUCAUUCAGUUCCAGCUCCCCAUCAUUAUCACCACUCACUGCCUGCCUUGUUCCAAUUUUCAGUAUCUGUUUCAGUUAGUUCGUGAUCCUUGACAGUAGAACAUCUAUUCUACUGGUAUUCUGUGGCCUGUAAGAAAGACUUUGGGUUCAUUCAAGGAGGGAAGGGAGGGCACAUCUGGGAAAGGGUGGAAGCAUGCUGUUCCCAACCCACUCCUAGGCCUGUGCUCCCCAUUUAGAGACUAAUAGGCUGCUUAGACUAUUAUCUCCACCUUAAAAUAGUUUGCUUGUGGGGGGGGUAGAACUUGGGAAAUGUGGGAGAUGGGGAGAGGGAUGUAUUCUUAAUCGACCACUGAAGUAUAUUUGGGGAAGGUUGCUGUUGCCUGUCACCUUUGUCUAAUCCUGUGCGGUGACUUUCAUCCUCGGAUUAAAAAUUCCGUGUUCCUGUGAGGCAUGUUGUACAAACUUGGGCUGCAUAACUCACCUUUGUUUUUUUCCUUCCCUUUCCUUCUUUAUCCCCUUUUUUGCUUUUCUCCUCCAGCUGUGCUUCCUGUGUCUUCAGCCUUGAGUGUCACUGCUGCCUUAAGGCAGCCUGAAUCUACCCUACCCCCUCCUUGCUCCAUGGCCCCCCAGCAAUGCCCUCUGGCAACCCCUAACCAGGCUUCCCCAUUCCUUCCUCCCUCUAGUGUUGUCUCAACCCCCUUUGAAGCUCCUUUUCCUCAAUCACCUUCUGGAACAAUCCUUCCUUUGGGAGUUGCCCCUUCCCCCACUGACACCCCAGUUUUCCUACCAAACCUAAUAGGGCCUCCCAUCUCUCCAGCUGCCUUAGCUCUGGCCUCUCCCAUGAUAACUCCAGCUGUGAAAGAUGCCCAUUCCUCUUCAGCUCCCUUGGCUCUGGUGGCCUUGGCUCCCCACUCAGUUCAAAAGAGCUCUGCUUAUCCACUUAACCCUCUUAAUUCACCUCCUUUGAUUGCUGGGGCUGAGUCAGGGUCAGUAACAUCUCUGUCAACUCCCAUUGUUUCCUCAGAACCAAAGACCUCCUCUAUUCAAACUCCCAUGCAAGUAGGCCCUAAUCUAAAAGGCACCCCUAUCCCUCCAGGUAUAGUCAGUGCUGUUCCUUCCCAUCUUGGAACUCCCUUGGCCUCUAUUCAGUCUGGAGCAGCCACAUGUCCUCAAAUGCCACCCACCACUCCCCCAGCCAUCACUCCCCCUCAGUUCAAAGGCAUCCCUGUUUCCUCAGCUCUGACUUCUCCACAAAACCCUGAAAGCCUCAGCAUAAAGGGGCCCCUUAAUUCACCUGCUACAUUACCUCUUUCAACCCAGUCUAUAUCUGUGGCUCCCAGUGUCACUCCAGUUUUCCUCACUUCUCUGGGCUCUCAUCUAGCACCUUUACAUCAGGGUUCUCUUGAUUCUCCUGUUCAACCCUUAGGUCAAACAUGUCCUAAUGUUCUGUCAAAUCCUAAAGUGGAUGCCAUUUCUGCAGCUCAUUCUCCCGUUGGGGCCUCUUACCCUUCUCAGAGAUCUGUAAUUCCUCUACUUUCUUCCAGAAAUGAGGUGGCCCCUACUUCAGGGGCUCCAGCUUCCCCUCUGGCUCUUUAUAUUGAGAAAGACCCCCCUGCUGUCACUGGCAUAGCUUCCUUCAGUCCUUCUGGCUCAUCAAAUGUAGCCACCUCUUCUCCGUUAUCUCCUACAGCUGGUCUCAUUCUGAAAGGCUCUCCUAAUGCCACUCCUUGUCAGCCUUUGGUGACCCAAAUUCCUCCUCCUCCAGGGAGUCUGAGCUUAAAAGAAGCUCCUGUUUCUUCUGUUGGAACCAUCCCAUUCGUUAUGACUAACCCCUCCACAAUUUCUGCGACACCUACUACCCUUAAGGUAGCUACUUGCAUGUCUCCUCCAGUUUCAUCAGAUCCAAGUAGUAAGGACUCAGCUUCCCGCACUGCCUCGGUUAUGGCUCCUGGGGCUCCCAAAGAGCUUUCUACUCCUCAAGUAACCCCUUUGGGAAUACCAGUCCCCCCUCCUCUCUCAGUCUCUGAGAAUCCCAAAGGUCUCCCUACAUCAGCAUUGGUAAAGUUACCAAAACAAGGAAAUAUCCAAACUGAACUUCCCUCUCCUCUUGGAGUCCCUGUGUCACCAGAACAGGCAGGACUCCCUACCAAGAAAGACUCGACUCUAAUACCAUUAGUACUGGCAACUCCCAAAAAUCCCCCCUCUCCCCAAAGUAUAUCAUCAUCUCUGGAGAUAGCUCUUUCUCCUGAAGCCUCCUUAGCAAAGGUAAGCCUUGUAGAGCCUCUCCCUGUAGUUACGUCAGCAAGUACUGCUCCCUCUCCUCUGGUUGUUAACUCCCCAGCCUCUAUAAUCAAGACAGACCCCAGUAGUCUGCCUCUCAAAAGUUCUCUCACCACCCCAAGCAUAGCUACAUUUCCUCUGGAACGUGUUGCUGCUGCAGAAGUGGCUCCUGCAGUUACCAAAGUUACCUCCACUACAGCCAGUCCUUUUCUAGAUGUCUCUUUAUCUCAUAAAAGCCAUCCAGGUAAGAAGGGUAGUUCCACUCUUACUUUACCUGUGGUUCCUCCAGUCUCUGAAAGUUGCCCUGUGGCUCCAGCUGUGACUUUAUCCCCCCAGAAUGUUUCUGCUUUUCCAGCUGCCAUAGCACUAGCCCCAGGAAUUCCCAAGUCUGAGUCCUUUCCCUCUCUACAUCCUCAAGGUGCAAAGAAAGUUCACGGUAUUUCUCAUACCUCAGCAUUGGCACCUGUGGCUUCCUCUCCUGAAGGGCACCCAACCAAGGACUCUGGUGCUUGUGCUUCUGUUAAUGCAUCUUCGAAAGGGACUUACUUAGCUGACUCUCCAUCUCCUUUAGGGACUAGUGUGUCUCCUCAGACUAAAAGACGUCCAACCAAGAAGGGUUCAGCUCCUCCUACUACCUUAACUCUUUCUCCUCUUUCAAAAAGUGUUCCUGCUAUCCCUGAUAUUUCUGCUGGAAAUCACUCCUCCCCUAUUUCUCCAGUUGAAGUGUCCUUUCUUCCAGAGGCCAAUCUUUCUUCUCAAGUCCCUAAAGGGUCACUGGCCAAGAAGCAUUCCCCCACUCUUUCCCCCAAAGAGACCCCAGAUACCCCACCUCCCAAAGAGGCCUUCACUCUCCCAGCUAUAGUUCCUUCCUCCCCCAAAGGAACCCCAGGAACUUCAUCCUCCAAAAAGUCACAAGCAGCUCCAGCCCCCAAAAGAGCCCCAGCUACUCCAUCUCCCAAAGGGAUCCCCACUGCCUCAGCUGUGGCUCCUUCAUCCCCCAAAGGGGACCCAGCAGUUCCAUCUCCUAAAGAGUCCUCCACUCCAGCAGUGACUCCUUCCUCCCCCAGAGGGACCCCCAACCCCCAAGCUGUGGCCCCUCCCUCUCCCAAAGAGUCCCAAGCAACUCCAGCCCCCAAAAGAGCCCCAGCUGCUCCAUCUCCCAAAGGGCCCCCCACUGCCCCACCUGUGGCUCCUCCCUCCCCCAAAGGGGGCCAAGCAACCCCAUUCCCUAAAGAGACCUCCACUCCCCCAGCUGUGACUCCUCCCUCCCCCAAAGGGUCUCAGGCAACUCCAGCCCCCAAAAGAACCCCAAUGACUCCACCUCCCAAAGGGGACACAGCAACCCCAUCCCCUAAAGAGGCUUCCACUCCCCCAGCUAAGACUCCUUCCUCUCCCAAAAAGUCCCCACCUACCCAACCUCCCAGAGAGGCCCCCACCUCCCAAGCUCCCAAGGAGUCUCAAGCAACUCCAGCCCCCAAAGGGACCCCCACUGCCCCAGCUGUGGCUCCUCCCACUCCCAAAGGGGGCCCAGCAACCCCAUCCCCUAAAGAGACCUCCACUCCCCCAGCUGUGGCUCCUUCUUCCCAGAAAGAGUGCCCAGCUACCCAAUCUCCCAAAAGAGCCCCAACUACUCCAGCUCCCAAAGGGGCCCCCACUGCCCCACCAGUAGCUCCUCCUUCCCCCAAAGGGAGCCCAGCAACCCCAUCCCCUAAAGAGAUCUCCACUCCCCCAGCUGUGGCUCCUUCCUCCCUCAAAGGGCCUCAGGCAACUCCCAUAGAGUGCCCAGCUACCCAGUCUCCCAAAAGAGCCUCAACUACUCCAUCCCCCAAAGGGGGCCCAACAACCCCAUCCCCUAAAGAGAACUCCACUCCCCCAGCUGUGGCUCCUUCCUCCCGCAAAGAGUGCCCACCUACCCAAUCUCCCAAAAGAGCCCCAACUACUCCAUCUCCCAAGGGGGACCCAGGAACCCCAUCUCCUAAAGAGAACUGCACUCCCCCAGCUGUGGCUCCUUCCUCCCCCAAAGUGUGCCCAGCUACCCAAUCUCCCAAAAGAGCCCCAACUACUCCAUCUCCCAAAGGGGCCCCCACUGCCCUAUCUGCGGCUCCUCCCUCCCCCAAAGGAGGCCCAGCUACCCUAUCUGCUAAAGAGACCAUUCCCCCAGCUGUGACUCCUUCCUCUCCCAAAGGGCCCCCCACUGCCCCAUCUAUGGCUCCUCCCUCCCCCAAAGGGGGCCCAGCAACCCCAUCUGCUAAAGAGACCUCCAUUCCCCCAGGUAUGACUCCCUCCUCCCCCAGAGACUCCCUAGCUACCCAACCUCCCAGAGGGGCCUCCACCCCCCAAGUUACAGCUCCUUCCUCUUUCAAAGAGUCCCAAGCAACUCCAUCUCCCAAAGGGGGCCAAGCAACCCCAUCCCCUAAAGAGACUUCCACUCCCCCAGCUGUGGCUCCUUCCUCCCCCAAAGAGUCUGAAGCAAUUUCAGUCCCCAAAAGAGUUCCAGCUACCCCACCUCCCAGAGGGGCCUCCAAUCCCCCAGCUGUGGCUCCUCCCUCUCCCAAAAAGUCCCAGGCAGCUUCAGGCCCCAAAAGAGCUCCAGCAACUCCAUCUCCUAAAGGGGGCCAAGCAACCCCAUCCCCUAAAGAGACUUCCACUCCCCCAACCAGGGCCCCUUCCUCCCCCAGAGAGUCCCCAGCUACCCAGCCUCCAAAAGGGACCCUCACUGUAGCUCCUCCCUCCCCUAAAGAGUCUCAAGCAACUCCAGCCCCCAAAAGAGCCCCAGCUACUCCACCUCCCAAAGGGCCUCCCACUGCCCCACCUGUGGCUCCUCCCUCCCCCAAAGGGGGCCCAGCAACCCUAUCCCCUAAAGAGACUUCCGCUCCCCCCGUUGUUGCUCCUUCCUCAAAAAAAGCCCCAGGUGCCCCAUCUCUCAAAGGGUCCCUUACUCCCUCAGCUGUGACUCCUUCCCCCAAAGAGUCUCUGGAAACUCCAACCCCCAAAGGGGCUCCAGGAACCCCAUCUCCCAAGGGGCCAUCCACUCCCCCGGCUGUGACUCCUUCCUCCAAAGAGUCUCCGGCAGCUCCAGCCCCGAAAGGGACCUCAGCAACUUCAUCCUCCAAAAGAAUCCCAGGAGGAACUCCAUCCCCCAAGAGAGCCCAGGCUACCCCAUCCAAAGGCGCCCCCACUCCCUCAUCUGAGAGUCCUCCCUCCCCCAGAGAGGCCCCUACCUCUCCAGUUUCAGUCACAUGUCCCCUGGGGUCCAUUGCCCCUCUGGCUUCUAAAGGCCUACCAGUAAAGAAAGGCUCCACAGCUCUCAAAGCAGGACUUGUUGCCCCAGCUCCAGAAAGUAUACCAGCUGUCACAUCUCCCUCUGAGAAAGGUCCACUGGCCAAGAAGGGUUCUGCUACUUCACCUCCUGUGUGCCCAGAUCCUUCAGCUAAGAAUGGUACUAAAGGACCCCUUCCUACAAUGGCUCCAGCCCCCCUGACAGUCUCUGCUCAGAAAGUCUCUUCAAAGGCUCCCAAAACCCUCCCUGUUUCUCCAUUAAAAAGCAAAGAUUCUCCCCAUUCCCCAAAGAGCCCUUUGACUCUUCCUCUUGGGUCUGUGACAUCUACUCCUCUAGCAACAGUUUGCUCUGAGAAGGUCCUUCCUAAAGCUGGAUCAGCAUCUAUCCCUCCAGCACCCACCCCAUCAGUCUCUCUGCCUCUCGCUCCCUCCCCAGUUCCCCCUCUGCUUCCUAAACAGCAAUUUCUGCCGUCCUCACCUGGGCUGGUGCUGGAAUCACCCUGUAAGCCCUCAGCCCCUGCUGAUGAGGAUGAGCUGCCGCCUCUGAUUCCCCCGGAACCAAUCUCGGGGGGACUGCCUUUCCAGUCGGUCCUCGUCAACAUGCCCACCCCCAAACCUGCUGGGAUCCCUGCCCCAACCCCCUCUGCCAAGCAGCCUGUUCUGAAGAACAACAAGGGUAUUUGCCUUGGUUUGCUGUGUGCAUGGUGUGUCGCCCACACCCCUCCUGGGGCUACCCACCGUACUAACCCUAGGAUGCGCCGCUUUCUCCAGUGUAUCUGCUUGUGUUUGGACAUAGAACAUAGAACAAUAGUUUUAAAUGCAAAAGCUCUAGGAAUGUGAAUCAGUCUUGGUUUUCAUCACCUCAGAUAGUCUGUUUUGUAUCAUCUUGUAUAAUAUGGUGCAAGCUAACCCUGGAUCUGCCAUCUUUUUACCUGAAUAAUCUGACAUUGAAAACCAAGACCUGUUAGACCUUUUAAUUUGCUCUAAUCUCUACCACAUAACUAACCUUGUCCCUGGGCCUGGGAUUUGCUAAAAUGUUGGGAAAUACAGAAGUAUUUUAAUUUCUUUUCAUGAUUUAGAUUCAGUAAUGACCAGUGCCCAGGGGACUCCCUUUUCAAGACUUUUUCCUAGCCUGAGAAUGGUGCAGGUGUCUGCUUUUUUCUCUCAGUAGUCUUUAUUGAUGCUUGGCCUUUUGAUUGAGGUGAACUUAAAAUAUGUGAAUUAUAUUUGGAAGAAAGGGGAGAGGUCACAGGACAGGCUCUAACAGAGGUGACUAUUAGAACUAUAGGUUGGCAGUCUUUGAGAAUCUUCAGGCUAUAUUGAUGAAACCAAAUUGCUAGGGUAAGUGGUUUGAAAACAAGGCUAUAUGUGUGUACACAACUGCUUCUGGCCUUCCCCAACUCAGUGUAAGGAUGAGGGGAAAGUGUCCUCCUUGGUCUGCCUCCACAGUGUGAUCUUACUGUUUUUUUCAUUUAAAUGUAUCUGGAGAUAACCUUGUCUGCCAUAACCUUGUGGAGAUGGUUGGGCUAUCGGGUAGAAUUUGGAGUUACGUAGGUCCUUGGUGUUGGCCUGUGCCAAGUGAAGACCUUAAGAGAAAGGAAACAGUUACUCUUUAUAAACUGUUUGGCUAUAACUAGUAAUUACGUCUUAUUUCUGGGGCUGGGUCUUUAAUGGAUGUGUACACACUAGUUUAUGGCUGAGUUGGAGGCUGUCAAGCUGACUUCAUACAAGUCAGUUGGUUUACAUUUGACUUCGUGAGGUCUAGCAUAAGCCAGUGACCUCUAUUCCACAUAGGCUGUGGUGAGGUAUCUUUUCCUUAUAAUCUACUGUAAAAUAGUAAAAGUUAAAUUUUUCA